AUGCUGGAGAGUAGCUCCUCCUCCACACCCUUGGAGAGCAGCUCGUCGUCUACACCAGCACCAUUGGAAACAAGUGCGUUCUCUACGUCCGCGUUAGAGUCCAGUUCCUCCUCCACACCCUUGGAGAGCAGCUCUUCGUCGACAACAAUGCAGGCGUUAGAGACCAGCACAGAUUGGACGACCCCCGCUCCCAGCAGCAGCAGAAGGAGGCUGUUGAGCUCCGCCGCUUCGAAUGAUCAGCAGAAUGUUGUCUAUUCCACAGCAGCCGUGUGCCAGCAGAAGCAGAUCCAGUUUGCAUCAGCUCAGGCUGACCAGUCUUGGUCCGCGUCAGAAGUAACUUUCGGAGGCAGAGCCGUGAUUCUUCGUACUGGCGAGCUCUUGCUGGUUGCCAACUCGAGCUUCGAUCAGUACGAGGCUCUCGUCGCUUUCGAGCUCACAAACCCGGUGGUCGAACGGGCUCCAUCGAGUUUUCUCGUCCAGGGAAGGCUCGUGGUGAGUGGAAAUCGUUAUUCUCUGCCAUCGCAAGGGGUCACGUUGAGCUCCCAAGCCAUCGGAGGUGUGAAGGACGCCUCCAACCCGUUCAAGGUUCAUGUCCCAAAGAUCCUCUUCGCCCACAUCCAGCACUCGAGAUCAGUCUCGUUCAUGCAAAAUACGAUCUCGAUGGAGAUGAGAGUGGACGUGGAUAUGACGAACCGUUCUUACCUCUACAUCACAGGCAUUCCCGACCAACUCUACGUCUACAAUGAAGCGAAGGCACCAGCUUACAGCAACCUUGACAGCGCGAUUGAGGUGAAGCAAGUGGCCGAUGGCUUCACCGUCAAGGUGUUAGACCUCAUCGCUGUCAACACGAGCAUCCGUGUGUGGGUGCCCGUCACGAACAGCCAAGGUCAGCGGCUAGAGGGAUGCAACGUGUCGGUCGAGGGAGGAGUCGGAGUCGGAGACAGGAUCUCUCUCUUGUCAAAGACUCGCAUGACGACCGAGACCGACACGAGCGGCCGCAUCUGCUUGCUUGUCGCCCCGAAGGUUGUAUCACCGACGGUGUCAUCAGCGAACCCGCUGGUGGGCUCGCUGAACCGUCUGAACCUCAAGUUUGCUUUCAAUGUCGAGCUCAGAGGGAGCGAUGGGCUCAAGUUCAGGCUUCGCUCGCCUCUGCUGCAGUCGCCGCUCACCAGCGGGUCUCUCAACUUCACCUCUCAAGACGGCAGGGUGCAGACUUUCCGCAACGUGACGACAGGCGAAGAUUACCUUGAGUUUGCGAUGGAGGCCUCUGACGCGAUGAAGGCAAACGUCAACUACUAUCUCGUCGUCGAGGUCAGGAACCCGUCCUACGUCCUUCGAGCCCCCAACGUCUCCAUGGACAUCACAAGCUCGAAGAGCAACAACUUCGCCCUGGCCUUCAACUUCACCCCGGUGGCUGCUUCCAACCCCUACGGGAUCUCGUUGCAGGAUCCUCUUGACACAUGGGCUCCUGUCAUCGUCAACGCGUCUAUCUAUCAGAGCUCUCCUCUCACCGACGCUUCCAACACUCUCACGGUCUCUGUGAAGACCAACACCUUCCUCGUCCAAGGCUCUCGCUUGACUCUCAGCGGCUUGUGCGGCAUGGCGGAUGACAUCGCGACUGUGAAUGCUGCUGCUUUCAGGGUGACCUCUACCUCUGCGAGCGGGUGUUUCAUAGUGGUGGAGGCGACGAGCGACCGGAGCAGCUUCGUCGUCAUGCUGGAUGUGACAGUGAGAAACGGAGGGAGCGAGCAGGUAGCCGUCAGCCCCACGCUGAGCGGGUUCAUCGAGAGCGGCGUAUGGGACGCGAGCUUGAGCUCGGUGUCGCUGCUUCAGCAGCCUUCCUCUCGGUUCGGCAUUGAGGGAGGCUCGUUACCCCUCAAGAUUGUUCGUCCUCGCAUCUCCUCUUGGAGCUUCGAGCAAUCCUCUCCCUUCGUGGGCUCAUCCAACCAGCUCACUCUCAGCCUCACCCUCAACGUCGCACUCACCGUCGGGUCUCAACUCUUCCUUGCAAACUGGCCUGCACAGCAAGUCUCGCAGGCUGCGUCGCUGUCGUCUGCAUGGCAGGUUGUCAACAUCAGCUCCAACUCCUCCUUCAAGUUCCUGGGAGGUGACAACCAACCUCCUUAUGUCCUCCUCUUGAGCAUCAGAAACAGUCAGACCCCCCUGUCCUCCCCGUCUGACUUUCCCGCCCGCCUCAUGGUGGAGUGCGGGCUGUACGACUCCUGGUCAGAAGUGACCGCCAUAGCUGGGACCCAGCAGGACCUUUUCCUGGUCCCGGGCGGGCGGAAGCCAUUCUUGACAGUGAUGCCGGAGAUACAGGAGGCGACGAUCUCGCAGACGAUUCCCUUCACCAGCUCGCCCAACGUGAUCUCCCUGCACGUCGUCUCCAGGUUCGCCAUCACCAAGGACUCGCGGCUGCUCAUCACCCCAGCUCCCUCGUGUGUGCCAACGCUGCUCGACGACUCCUUCACGAGCAUCAGGGAUAAUACUCUAGUGCUGACGCUCUCGGGGUCGAACGUCUCCGCCUUCAAUGUGUCGUUCCGCGUCAUCAACGGCGACUGCGAGCAGGCGGACAGGCAGUUGCAGGUCAAGCUGGUGGAGGAGCUGGGAGUCUUCGACUCUGAGAGUGAGACGAGGGCGAUGCUGAUGGAUCGCUCGACCCUCUUCGGCGUCAUCAAUGGCAGCAGCCCCUUCGUGACUUACCGUGCGACGAUCACCAAAGCUCUCGUCUACCAAGACAACCCGAUCGUCGGUCAGCUCAACAACGUGAGUUUGUCCCUUCGCUUCAACUUCGAGACGCCCAAGCAGGCAAGCUGCACCAUCACCGGGAUGAGCAUGUUCGACCAGCAGCAGGGCGUCGUGAGCGUCAGACAGUCUCCGGCCAGCCUGAUCAACUCGAGCCGCCUGGUGGGAGGGAGCCUGGUGCUCAGCAACUUUCUGCAGACUUUGCCAGCUGGCGACGACCUGAACGUGACGGUCGUGCUGGUCAACGGAGCGAAAGAGAGCAAUGCAGCUGCAGUGUCGGUCACGUGCUACCUGGAUCCGAUCGUGACCGGGUUGAAGGUGACUAGCGAGUUCUCGUCGCGUUCUGUCUCUGUGUUUGGAGUGGCAGGAGGGUCUCUCGUCGGGAAGCUGGUGCAACCAGGGUUUGACCUGCUCGCGGGCAUCCAGAAGAACCCGCUGGUGAUGAAGGAGAACAAGCUCGUGUUCAGCAUCUCCUGCAACAUCGACUUUGCUGUGGGAUCAACGAUGACGCUGCGUGGGCUGGUGGGACUUCCAGCACUCUACAACGUCUCGUCGGAGUUUGCUGUGCUGAAUCGUACCUUGAGCGAUGAGCUGAUUGUCAUCGCGCACAUGGACAUGUAUGCGAGUGAGACUUACUUUCUCAACUUGUCGUUGAUCAACCCCGACCAAGAGCAGAACUCUCCUCCUCUCAAGCUCAGGGCGACGCUUGUGGUCCAGGCGAGCUAUGCAGCUUUACACCUGCCGUUGGCGGAAGCUCUCGUCAGCAAGCCAGGAAUCACCGUCAUCGGUAUCCCCGGUGGUUAUGACCCGCUCAAGAUUUUCCGAGCCAACUUCACGAUCGAUCAACUCUCGCAGGUGACCAUGUUGUUCUGCCGCGCGACGGUCUUCAGGAUCUUCUUCUCCUUCAACUGCGACAUCCUGCCAAAUUCCUCGCUCACCGUCAGCUUCCCUGCUCAUGCCCUUGCCAGUCUGCUGGCUACCGCAGACUACUACCGCGCGCCCAACAGCAAGGCUGUCGUGGUUGUCAGCCAAUUAGGACAGCUCGCGCAAGUGUCGAAGGGAAUUCAGCUGGAUGUUCCUGACACGUCGACGUCUGCUCUGAGCCCCUUCAGUCUCGCUUCUCAUGUCUUGACCAUCUUCGGUCCCGUCGCCUUCCCCGAGCUGAAGCUGAACGUGACGUCAAGUGUGCAAGAGAUCAACCUCAUGGUCCAUCAGCUUGCCUUCGCCUUCGAUGCCAUCAGCGACCGUCGAGUUGUCUACGUCCAGGACUUGAACCUUGCAGGAAACUCUUCAUGCACACAGGACUUCUUUCAAGUGACCACCUUCACAGUGUCAGGCAGUAUCGAUCCGAGCUUCUCCCUGGCUCCCAAGAUCAAUCAAUCAGGGUACUUGUCCUUCCGGAUAUCAAACUCAGAGCCCGACGAAGGUUCUUCGAUCGAGUUCGACCUGCUGAUAACCGCCAACUUGUACGAUGCGAAUCUUAGCAGCGCUGUCCAGUCCUUGGAUAGUCGCGUGCGAGUGAUCGUCAUGGGAAGACCUCGCUGUCCGGUCCAGGUGUGGUACAAUUAUGCAGGGUCGUUGGCGGUAGAGAUCAGCUGGAGAAAGGAUCCGAGAACAAUCCUUGCUUGCCAACAGAACGCGACGAGCAAGACUGUCUCCUAUCGGGUCAGCCUCAAACCGGAGAAAGGCUCUGUCGUUACUCAGACAGUCAGCAGCAACUGCUCUGCAGUGCAAAGCGUGAGGCUCGAUAACCUUGAGCAAGGACAAGUGUAUCAUUAUGAUGCCAUCGGAGUCAACCUGGUCGGCGAGACGUGCAGCCCAUCGCUCGACUCCUCUGGCUUCAAGUUCCUCGCCUUGGCUACCCCGACGGUCCCUCAGGCCCUCACCGUCUCUCGCGUCGACCUCAACACCCUCAACUUCAGCUGGACGAUCCCAUCUAAUACUGGCGAUGGGACAGCAAACCGUCAACUCAUCUCCAGCUUUCGCGUCGUCUUGGUGUUCAAUCAGGAGUUUGUCAUCUCAACGUCGCAGACAAGCGUGUUGCUCACGAGACAGGACUACCCCCAGCUCUUCGACUCUACCACCCAGAACUUUACCAUCAAAGUGUCGGCCAUCAACGUCAUCGGAGAAGGAGCCGUCGCCUCCUCUCCUCUCGAUCUUGCAAACGCCGAAUGCCCGCGAGUAUGUGGAGACGGGUUGAAGUUGCCGACCGAGGGCUGUGAUGACGGGAACGUGUUGGACGGAGACGGAUGCUCGAGCAGCUGCAAGGUAGAGGCAACAGCUCUCUGUCGUUCCUCCAGCUCUCCUGCCUUCACCUGCAAGCAGAUGCCUCAGGGCCCGUCUUCCUGCAUCUUUCCUAAGUUCGAGUACGUCAAACUGCUCCAGUCCUCCACGUUUCCCGACAGCGACAAUAUCAUCUACUUCUCCCUUCGAGCCAACACGCCGCUCGUAUCGGCCCUGCAUGUCACACUCAGUGGGCUGACGGGUACGGGCACACCAGACAACAACAACUUGCCGAUCACGCUAUACAACAGCACAUUCAAAAUGACGUCUGCUAUCUGGACGCAAAAAUCUGGGAAACUUGACAUGACGAUCGACACCGUCACUGGUCUCGACGGCGAGCUCUUCCUCUCCUUCACGUUGAAAAAUCCUUCCACGACUCAGGCUGCCGUUGAUGUCACGGUAGGAUGCAUCGACUGCGUGACCUGCGUCGACUGUUCUCAGUCGCCCGUCAGCCUGCAGGGCUCCGUCAACGGCUCGAUCCUGGGCGUGCAAGUCCCCAAGACUGACUGCGAGCGGAGGAACGGCUCAGCAUGGUUCGGCCCCGACUGCUCUCUGCCGUGCUACGGAGUCGUCCAGGUCCCCCCAGGCGGUCAGGCAUGGUGCGAAUGUCCUGCCGGCUCUUUCGGCGAAAGUUGCCAAACUCAAGUGGUAGCGGACAAGAAUCUCUCGGUAGCCCCGCAGCUCGUGCAGCCGAGCUCAGAGCCGGUACCUGUCAAAGGAGCGGACGGGGAUGGGGUGGAGCUUCCUCCCGGAGCCCUCACCUCCUCCAUCGUCGUCUCAGUGCAAGUGUACAAGACGGAUCCUCCGAUCCCCAAGGACCAGAGUGACCUCAAGCCCGUGGGGAAGGUGAUGGAGCUGAAGCCCGACGGAGUGACCUUCGCUCAGCCCGUCACCAUCGCCACUGCCAUCACCCAGGAAGUCAUCGACACGGCGAAAAAAGAAGGAAAGGUGCUGGAGAUGCGCUUCCUGGAUCGGGACAGCGGCAAGUGGGUGAGCACAGGAGGGGAGGUGAAGUAUGACCGCGGAGCUCCGUUCCUGCUCACCAAGAGCUAUCACUUCUCUCUGUGGGCAGCGAUGAGCGGCAACCCUCCCCCGACCACAGCGACCAACGCGAGCGAGACGACGGCGAUGGCGACAACUGCUGUGCCCUCUACCACCGUCACUCCCGCCAAGUCGUCGGACAAGGUCGGUCUCAUCGUAGGGUUGGUGGUGGGGCUUUCUUCCCUGCUGUUGAUCUCAGUGGCGGUCGGGUACACUGUAGCAACCGUCAAGUCUCGGAACAAACUCUACAUGGCCGGAGCAGAGACGAGGACCGAGGAAGGGGAUCAGGUCCGGGAGUUCGUCGCUGGCGCCUCUUCCUCCAUGGUUGUGGUGCAAGCUUCGCUUGCUCGAGCUCUUCCACCUCUGGAUGAACCAGGUGCUCCUCUCAUGUUUCGCAGUACUCUACGUGACGUGGCUCCGUCGCAAGGACCCUCAGCUCCUGUGGACGCCCCCACGCCUCCUUCUCCUCGACCUCCCGCCCCCCCCGACUCGGAGCCUUCCAGUCAAGACGUCCUGCCGGCGGCAGGAAUCCCAAGCCAGUCUCGAACUCCGAGCCCUCCUGUGGAGCCUACUUCCAAAUUGGAGCUUCCUCUACAGAUCUCGUCGAUCGGGCAGCUUGUGUUCGACGACAAUGUCCUUCAGGCCAGGAGCCCCAAGGAGACGCUGGUCAAGAGGCGGACCUCCUCCCGCGCCUCCUCCCGCGGCAGCUUGCCGCUGCUAUCAGCCAUCGAGCGAGGAGAAGGGGCGGCAAGGAGGACUGAGUCCCCCAAGGCCUUUGUGCCCCAGAGCUCCUUACAGAGGGAGAACAGUCAGCCAGAAGCAGGAGCCGCGAGUCCCAUUGACGUUAACGGGAUGUUUUCUGGAAUGUUCGCUUACCUACAAUCUGAGGGUGAGGGUAAGGGGAAGGAGGAGGAGCAGGAGGAGGAGCAGGAAGAGGAGGAGGAGGCGCAGACAUCGCAUCAUUCCAUCAUCCUCUAA